UAACUUGUUGGGAGAGUACAGUUGUCCGGCCAAUCAUUGUCCUCUAUUUUAAUUUGUGUUCCCAUUAAAUUGCUUAGCUUUUUGGCCGACCAUUUCUCCAUCAAUUAUAGCUCUUUUCUGCACCCCUUCAUGGAGGACCAUAGCCUUUCUCUACCUCUCUUAGCUUCCCCUGCCGCUGUCUCCUCCUCUGCCUCCGCCGCAGAGGAUGAUGGAAACGGUUCUUUCUCGUCGAGUUCCCGAAUCAUUCCCCGGUUUCUUUUGGUAAUUUUCAUUGGAACAGUCUCCAUAUGGGCAAGCCACGAAGCAUCAAAAGGGUUCAACGUAACUGUAAUCAACAAUGACAAGGAGUCUCCAGCUGGGCAACGCUUUGCUCUGUUUUACGUAUCAAAUGAUGAAGCCACACGGAUCAUCCUGAACACAAGCGCCGUGGUCGAAAACAUUCUUUAUCCAGACCCCAACCAAACCAAGAAGCCAGUUCACCAUGUCAUUCUCCAGCUUGCUAGCAAGAACUUGACGAGCAAAGUCAUUGUAGACACAAGCAAAAGCAAAGAGUUUGUCUAUACCAUCAGUUUAAGUCCAUCAAUAUUGGAAGGAAGCAAUGUCAAGCAUGAUGUUAUUUUCGCCAUACAACGAGCCAUGGCUCGGAUAUGGCUCUGGGAUGGCGAGUCCAGGGCUCCACCUUGGCUCAUAGAUGGCAUGGAAGAGUAUAUAUGGAUGCAGGCUGGAUUUGAUGGCCAUGAGAAAGAAACAUUACAUCCAGGAUUGGAAUUAUUCGGACCAGAACAGUUUUGUUUUCUUCUUUCUCAGGUUUGUUCCAACUCCAACAACCUCAGCUCGGGUUCUGGUGAUGGGAAGGGCAAAUCAGGUCGGCUUUGCUGGGAAGAUAAGGACCCAAAAAUUGUGGCACAGGCUUUCAGUUAUCUUGAGCAGCAAAAGAAGGGGUAUAUUCGAGGAUUGAAUCAGAUGCUUAGAGAUCCGUGGACUGACAAUCAGCCAUGCGAGCGAUGAGCCAGAUCCAUUAAUCGGGGGAACAGAUUGGGUGAGCUUUUAGCUGUCAUUUUGUACAAUUUCUAGUCCACAUGGGGGGUCUAUCGUUGGAUUGGAACUGGAUUUUAUCAUUAUUUAUGAACAAGAGGACAGGGGACACAGUCAAGGAUGAGGAUAAUUAUUUGCUGCUAGGAAAUUAAACCAUUAUUCCUUUUUCUGAUCACUAUGUUUAUUACAAAUCAAUUCUGCUCUUUGUUUCGAUCA